CCGAUGGGAAGGGGCGGUCCGAUGGGGAGGGGUGGUCCUAUGGGAAGGGGCGGACCUAUAGGGAGAGGCGGACCUAUAGGGAGAGGUGGACCUAUAGGGAGAGGCGGACCUAUGGGCAUGGGUCCUCCUCCACCCCCACCCAUGCACCUGAGAGGCCCCUACCCACCAAUGCACAGACACGGCCCCCCUCCGCCUCCCUCCCUGGGCCACCCUGGUUUUAGAGGGCACCCCCCACACCCCAGAGGAAGAGGCAUGUCCCCCGGUCCCCCACGCCACUUCCACCCCAGGGGCCCCAGAGGCUACCACAAUGGACCAGCUUCUCCUCCUCAUCAUCCCCCACCUGGCAGAGGCCAGAGGUGGCCAGGGCCCCCUGGUGGCCGACGGUUUUAAUGCAGCCUGCCCAAAAAUAAUACAGUAACAGAGAGCUUUACAGUCUAUAGCAGCGAGCCUACUGGGCUGGGGUGGCUAAACUGAGCUAAGAGCACCUUAAUAUGUGUCAUAAAAAGAAGACCCCUUUUUAAACAUUCUUAUGGAACACCCUGUAGCCAAAUAUCUGGAUAUUGAUAUCGUAUACCAGAGGAGAAGAUGUGAAUCAACAAGUGGACACUUAAAUGCCUCAGACCUUAACAGUACAAAAAGGCAUUCUCACUUUCAUUGUAACUUUUGUUAUUAGAAAAAAAUGUGCUCUUGGUAUUAGGACAAAGUUGUAUAGUAUUGAGAGAAUAAAAAUAUGAUUUUUAAAAAGAGUCCCAAAGGGAUGAUAAAUGUUGAUAUUCAAAUCCCUUAGAUGUCAUGUGGUCUUGUGGUGGUCACUCUGUGAACCUUAAGGAAUGUCUGACCCUAAUAAAAAGAGAAAUUACACAUUGUGUGUGAUUGAGAAAGAAAAGAAGGAGAGAAAGAAGGAGAGAAAGAAAGAAAGAAAGAAAGAAAGAAAGCAAGGUGCAACAGCCCUCAAGCACCAGUUACUAGCACUAGUUUCUUACACCUUGGACCUCCCUAACUUUCCCUUUUGGUACAUGGAUAUACUUUUGUAUUACAACUUCACCAAGCAGUACACAACUACAGCAAAAGCUGUUUAGACUCACGUACACAUUCUUAAGUGAAAAGACAAUAUUUUUCAUGUCAAGUAUUCAUGAUUAUUUUACGUGACAUUUUUAUAUGAUUCAUGUGCAGCUAUUUUAAGUUAAUGCAUAUUGCUAUUUGGAACAAUUCAUGUUUGUGUUCAGCAAUCUAUAUUGUGGAAUGACUAAAGAACUUAAAUUAAUAUUAUAUUGAAAUAAUAUAAUAAAUAUAUAGUAUAUAUACUAGCAGCAUUUACAGUAUAUUUGAAAGCAAAUUACGAAACAAGUAAUUGCUUCAGUUUAGUCUAAGAUACUUACUAUUCAGUGUGUUAAGUUUUGAAGUGUUAUCAUACGUUAUACUUACUGUAACUGACAUAACUUUGUGGAUUUGUGGAUGUACUUUUGGAAAACAGUAACAACUAUGACGUAGUCGUGAAGGACAAAAAUAAAAGUAAAACUUAACUGAACUGCUCUUUUUAUUGUUUUUUUAAAGUCCAAGUCUGAGAGUCAACUUGACACAACAUGACUGUAAUUUAAUAAAGAGAAUGGACAACAA